AUGGAUCCACUAAGCAUCACAGCAAGCGCAGUCAGUCUCUCAGCGAAUAUCAUCCGGGCAGUAGUGUCGGUGAAGGAUGCCGUUGACGAAUUCAAAGAUGCGCCCGCCCUUGCGCGCGAUAUUGAAGACGAGAUCAUAAUCGUCCAGGCCGCUAUUCGACAGGUUGAGGUGGCCCUUCAGCGUGAUGGUGGCGCUAUCUGGCGUUUCCAGCUGGAUGAUGUUUUCAGUCUCUCGGUCCAAGGCUGCGAAUCUGUGUUGAAGCAGAUUGGCAACGAGAUUGACGCACUCUUUGGUAGAGUAGACUGGCGAGCCCGCCUGUUAAUAUGGUGGAAUCGUGGGGAGAUCCGCUGGUUGCUUGGAAGGCUGGGGACGAGGAAAGCGAGUUUGACGUUGUUGGUCCAGGCGCUGAGUUUCAACUCGAUGCGUGAGAUGCACGAUUUGCUACACAAAAAUCGCACCACGCUCGAUAUCGCUAGACUUGGUCUCGAAGACAUGGUCGCGAAGUAUCUAGCUUUCGCGCCCGGAGAUAUGGACUCGAGGGCUUCUGUAAUCGGCUCUGAUGAUGGUCUCGUCGGCGACCGGGACUCGGUUCUCAGCAACACUAGAUUUGUUUUCGACGAAGUCCUUUUUGGCAGCAAGGCAUACCGCCACACGGUAGCAAGGGUUUUGGCAAAGAAGAAUAGUAAACCUGGAGCCUCUAACUCUCCCAACUUGGCUACGGUACGCGAAGGCGGGACGGACAUCAGAAGCAUGAAAUCGGAGAGAACAGCAUCCCCAAACACGCCGUCAGUAGCGACAAGUGAUGUGCACGAAGCAGUCCUGAUGAAACUUUGGGAAGCAGAAGAACGGAUUCGAGCCCUGGAAGAGCAGAUGCAACAUAAAGCUUCGGCAACACCGGGGCGCCAGGAGGCUGCGCGA